CACUGGCUGCUUCCUUCCUAGACCCGGUAAGGUCUUCGGUGUUAGCGCUACUAUCCCUGCACCCUUCUGAGUCCCGCUGGACUGUCACUCCUGUGACCCUGGCACUGCCUUCUGAGCGGUUCGAGGAGACUGUGUGCUUCCGGAUGUAGCCUCCGUCAGGAGGCAAAAUCGGAAAGAAGACAGUUUGGGAUUCUGGGAGCUCCGGCCUUGAUCAAACUGGUCCUGUUCCCUAUCAGUACACCGGGGAGGCUGGGGUCCAAUAGCCCGGAUUGUUGCCAGCAGGGAUGAUGAAUCUGCUAAGAUAGUGGAGGGCAAGGGAAUCCAGAAACUGCGCCUAUUAACUACCGCCGGGCGCCCGCCUCUCACGCCGUGCCUUUGUUCUCGCUAGCCCGGGGACAUGGCGUCUCAGGGUCGUCGGCGAAGGCCGCUGCGGAGGCCUGAGACGAUGGUGCGCGGGGAGGCGGCCGAGACUGAUUCAGAGCUUUCUGCAACCUCGUCGGAAGAGGAGCUGUACCUGGGACCCUCGGGCCCAACGCGCAGCCGCCCCACCGGGCUACGCGUGGCCGGGGAGGCCGCGGAGACCGACUCGGACACGGAGCCGGAACCGACGGCCGCACCGAGGGACCUGCCUCCGCUCGUGGUGCAGCGAGAAACGGCCGGGGAAGCCUGGGGUACCGAGGAGACCCCAGCAGCCGCCCCUGCGCUCUCACUGCUGCAGCUCCGGCUGGCGGAGAGCCAGGCGCGCCUGGACCACGACGUGGCAGCCGCCGUGAGCGGCGUGUACCGCCGGGCGGGCCGGGAUGUGGCUGCCCUGGCUGGUAGGCUGGCGGCUGCCCAGACGGCGGGGUUGGCGGCCGCCCACAGCGUGCGCCUGGCGCGGGGGGACCUCUGCGCGCUGGCCGAGCGCCUGGACAUCGUGGCCAGCUGCUGCCUGCUGCCUGACAUCCGUGGCGUGCCGGGGACCGAGCCCAAACAAGACCCGGGACCGCGGGCCUAGCCAUGACCCGCCUGACUCUGCAUCCCCCGGAAGCCCUUGUGACCUGCCUCUGUACCCUGUACAGCCCCCAUCCCGUACUGUUGUCACCCUCAGGGCUAACCCCACCCCGUGGACAACAUUGCGCACGUGUGUGUGUUGAUGGUGGGUGGGGUAAUGGUGCUCAGACCCCACCUUGCGUCUGGUUUCUCCAGGUGGUCCUGGCCCUUCUCCCUGGUUCCUGGCAGCCUGUGUCUGAGGCUUGGCUCCAGCGCCUGGGUAACUGGCUCCUCCUUGAUCUGUCUCCAUCCUGGGUGCUGGCUGUGCCCACCUUUCCCUGCGCUCUGCUUUUCUAAGUUUGGUUUCUGCUCCCAGGGGCUGAUGCUGCUUCCACAGGAGCCCCAGCAUCUAUUUGUUGGGGCUGUCACCUUCUCCCCUCUGACACUGCACUCCGCUGGAUGGUGCAUCCCACAGGCUCCGAGCUUCCUAGCCAGGUUCCCUGGCGCCUUCCUUCACCCCCGUGGCUCCGCCUUUACUCUUAGCUACACUUCUAGAAUUUUGUCUGCCUGGGCUGGACCCUCCAGCGUUGUCCCUGGUUCCAUCUCCUAGUUUUAGUCCUUGCUCUGCCAUCUCCUGCUCCUUUUCCUUGGGCUUAGCCACUCCCCAUCGGCCUGAUCUCAUCUCCUGGGUCUAGUGUUACCCUUAGGAUUGGUUUUGCUUCUUUUUUGCUUUUCCCAUCCAGCUUAUACUAUCUGCCUGUUCCUGGGCCCCAGAAACCCACUAAGGCUUCUGUCAUCAGGCCCAAGAUGGGGGUCCCUCCUGACCCAAGGUGUCCUCCAACCCACUCUUGGGGCUCAAGAUGGCAUCUCCUCCAGACCCAAGUAGGUGGGCCCUCCGCCCUCUCCAGGCCAAAGUAGCACUUUGUGCCUGAGCUCCAGAUACAAAACGGGCCUGGACUGUCCAGGCGGAUAAUGGCACCUUCACUUAGGGUUCAAUGCAGGCUGCCCUGCUGCUUUGGAUGCAGUGAUACUGCUUUGCAGAUUCAGGCCACACGCAAAGAGUUUGUUCAUCGUGUUGACCCCUGGAUGCUAAGAGGACUUGGAUUUCUGCUCCUCCUUCUGGCCACAGCCCUAAUACCUCAGUCUUGUGCACAUUUAUUCCCGUCCCCACUCUUUCAUCCCAACCUAAAGCUGAGAGCUGAAUCCCCAGCAAGGAGAAGUUGGGGAAGAGAACUCUAUGGCAGACUCAUUAAAACAUGCAACAUUUACUGACAUGGUCGGUUCCUCUUAUCCCUCCACCUGUGCUGGGUGGGUUGGUUAGCGAUUUCUCUGAGAAAUGAAGAUCCUAAGAGAGGGAUCCUUCCUGCCUGGACUGUUGAAGGUGAAGCUGUAGCUGUCAGUGAGGGCCCUGAGUGUUCCGUUGUUUUUUGUUUUUGUUUUUUUUUUGCCUGGUUCUGCAUUUGUAUUCCGUGGCACAUGUUUGCAGGGCACCUGUUCCAUGUUUGCCCUGUGUGGGGCACGCUGGGAGCCUCAGCCAGUCCGGGCCCUUGCCGAGCUCACUCACAGGCCACUGCAAGAGACAGAUAUUAAUAAAAUACUCUCAUAAAUAAAUGGGCAGUUUUAAUAA